AUGGGACCCAGCUUUCACCUUGCUAAAAAAGUGGUUACAGAAGUAGAGAGAGAUACUCUAGGUACUCAUGGAGCGCAGCGUUCCGGCUCAUGUCUCGUUCAAACCACAGCUAUCGAAGUCCUCUCUGACGAAGGGCAGCGUUUGACCUCUCAUAAAGGUAACCUAGAGGAACAGAAUCAGGUCAUUGUUAACGCUCUUGAGAUCAUCGACUAUCCUACCAAGACCGAGGAAAUUUACAAUCGAUCUUUAUAUAAAGUUCGUGUCAUCGACAACUCUGACACUGAUGAGGCAGUGGCCCGCACACAACCAUUGUCAUCCCACGACCAUGGGACUCGAUUUGCUUCAAAGGCGUUGAGGUCCGCGAACAAAGAUAUCGAUACAAAAAAGGAUGAACUUGAAGAAGCUGAAGAGGUGGUCGAACCGGCAGAAUAUGAUAAGGGUUCAAACUCUGAGAAGCUCAUCAAACAAAAGCGAUGGUAUCCUAACAAAGAACAGCUUCGGCGACUUGAAUUUUAUUACAAGCACUCUCGUUCAUCAUUCAAGGACAGGGAAGGACGCACCCAGAUUCUUGCAGAGCUCAGCAAACACGGUGAAACUAAAGGGCAGGCAAAGUUGCACACUUGGUCUAUGAAUCGCCGAGCAAAAGAGAAGAGGCAAGCGGCGCAAGAGGAGCUGGCGAAGAUAAUUGACGAGACACGUGUCAGUGUGCCACAGCAGCAAGCCGUGAAGACGCCAAGCGAAGGCGACGGAGCGAUUGCAGAGUACUCGAACCCCGAGGCGUGUCGAGUGUGUGGUAUUGAUGAUGAUGACGGCAUGUACUGCGAAAAAUGUAACGGCGUGUACCACUUUGCUUGUCUGGGACUCGACGCGCCGCCCACCGAUGAUUAUAUCUGUCCAUCAUGCCAAUAAAUCUUAAUAACCUUCAGGGGGCACUUUCUAUAAUAUUUGCGAUGAUACGGGACAAGCACGGCGCGACGGACCUCUCACGCUAUCGGAAGCUGGCGAAGGUCUUUUCAGGGAGCGACGAGCGUUCAGUUACGAUUCGCAUCAGGAAUUUUCGUGCUAAUGAGACUCCCUAAGAUACAAACAAGAUCUCUUCUAAACUCUUCUUCAAAAAGUAGUAACUUGUACAGACUUAUACCAAAACUACUAUGACUCGAAGGAAAACCCGGUGUCGAACACAUAAUUUACUGACACUACGCACGACAAGUGGGAGGGCGUUCCCUUUCAGGGAGCGACGAGCGUUCAGUUGUGAAUAUGUCAGCAACAAUAAGAGCCACCGUGCUGGAGAAAUUGCCGAUGGCCAGGGAGACCGUCGCGAGGUCGCUCGAGGCGAAGCGGAACAAGCGGCCAGCGGAUAACGCGCGUGAGGUUCGUGACCGCAUUGGGUGGCUGUCGCCCUCGGCGGCGACGUAUCUUUCUGAAAAGAAAUUGCCGUGUCGAUUUCUUCAAUCUUCAAGCAUUUUUCCUCGGCUUAGUCUCGGCGUUGCUUUGGGUCUGUACAUAUUGGUGAUCACAAGGAUAUCACUUUUUACAGGAGGGUAAAACCGAUUUUAUGCUGCAGCCUGCCUCAGCAUCCUGGCAGAUGCCAUAGCGUGUUCUAGACAACCCCUCAUGAUCACACUGCAACUCUUUUCCUUGACAUCACAAUUUCGAACUGCAUGUGUCACGUUAUUUGCUG